AUGCCGCGUCCAGCAGAGAGUGAAAUGACGUUCGAGCUGAGCGUCGAGGCUCCCAUGAAGGACGUGGAUGAGGACAAGUUGAAGGUCAUAGAAAAAGAGCAGAAUGGAAAUUACGAAGAAGAUACAAACGAUAAUGACCACGGGAGGAGACUAAAUGACGUAUUGCUAGGGUUGCAUUAUCACAAAAAAAACGUAACCAAUAUUACUCUCCUUUCACUUAUUAAAAAUGCAACGAUCGACUUUGUAGCUGAUUUGGAAGAAGAGCUAACCAAUUAUCUUCAGGAUGAAAAAAAUGAAUUCAAUGAGCCAUAUGCGAAAAGUAUAAGACUAAAGAGAGGGAAAAUAUUAGGCAGUUAUAAAAAUAACAUGAUGCUAAACAGCCACAUAAAUAUUGACAUUGGAUUCGAAUAUGUGUUAGAUACAACAUUGGGCAGGAAAUGCAAGUACAGGAGUCUACCACACUACCACAACCUCUUCAUUAUCCUCCUGAAGAAUUAUUUUUUCACCAAGAAUUUUUUAACUAUUUUGCAUGAACAGAAUUUAUCUCACAGUGUGGAUGUACGUGUUGGUGUAAAGACGUGGUUGAAUAAUUCAAAAUCGAUUUUAGUCCUCACAGUGCAUAAAAGGGAGAAGCAUGUUGGCAACAUCCAUGUGAUUCUUUACCCUUCGAAGAAAGUCACCUCGAGUCUGUUACAGGUGUAUAGAAAGUGGUAUGCGGGUGCGGUGCACAAGACCCACACACAGAUUGAGGAAAAAAAUAAUGCAGGCGAGGUCAAAGGGAAGAAAAAAAAAAAUGGAAAAAACGCCAAGCAUGAUAAGGAUAAGGGGACGGAAAAGGGAAGCACUGCACGCACAAACAAAGCGGGAGAAAAAACACAUGCAGAGGAAGAUCAAGUGAGGAAAAAAAUACAAACCCUCUGCAUUAGACGAACCAUUGUGAAAAAAUUUAUACUUACCGAGUGUCAUUUGAUCGAGUGUGAUAAUUUAAUAAAAAGGACCGUUGCCCAGGUAGAUGCGUACAAGCAAGCUGUUAAAUUGCUCAAGCUCUGGUGCCUCAACAAAAGGUUACUGCAUACCUUCUCUACUCGUGAUGAAAAGAGUGACGGUAAACUUAAGCAAGGACAAAAUUGUAAAAUUGAAAAUUUCUUCCACUACACAGAUGUGAACUCGUUUGCACUGGGACUGAUCUGUAGCUACGUCUGUCAUGAGCAGAACCUCCACAGAUGCGAUGCCUUCCUCAUUUUUAAGAAGACCAUAAGCUUUUUGAGCAGCAUGAAUUUGUGUGAUCAUGUAUAUGAAUAUAACAACGGAGUGUUUACCUCUUCGGAGAGGGGAAAGGGGACGUGUUCAUCAACAGAGGGGCCACAUAUAUUUAUUAUUAAUUCAUUAUAUGACCCGUUCGAGUCCAUUUUUUGCUCCCUCACUGAACUGAUUGAGGAGGCGAAGAAGGCAGAGUAUUCCCUUCGUUGUGGUAACGUAUACGACAUGCUGGCGUGUAACUAUGAGUGCUUUUCUUUGAACUACGAGGAGCAGGUGUUCUUCCCCCUUCUCGUGAACAACUACCUGCAUAACUAUAACGAGGUGGUGAUGGGUUUGAGGCGCAACUUGGUGCGUGGCUUGGCUGACCGCUUGAGCGAGGUGGCCGUGCGCCUCGUCCGCUUUGUCCUCCACGAGGGGGGAGUGGCGGGGGAAGGGGCAGGCGAUUCGCACCAAGUGAGUGCAACGGGUGAGCAGGAUCAGCGCCGCGUCACAUUGGGCAGCCUGCCGAAGAGUCUCUUCCACGAAGUGCUGCUCACGUGCAAGCGGCGCCGGGGGGACGGUAUGGAUGCCUCCGACACUGGGGAGCAUGAUGGAUCGAAGAAGGUCCUGUUGAAGAGGAAAACUCUAAUAGGAGUGACCUUCUUUAUAAAGACAAACAACGUUAUGAGGCUGAUGGAUGUGUGUAAGGAGCUGUACUCCCCCGAGGGAACCUCCACAUUUAAGCAGUUUUGGCGAGACAAAGCAAGCAUUAGGAGAUUUGAAAAUAAUACCAUUUUUGAAGUCGUUCAGUGGAGGAAGCCAGGCACGAGAUUGCCUAGGAAGAAGAGGAACGCGUCAACACGUGCACAUGAUGAGAGUGAAAGCGAGGAGGAGGACCACAACGUGGGUAACCCCUUCUUUGAGGUCCUGUUCAGCCAGCUGUACGAAGGGAAAACCCCAUCAGUGCACGUGCAGGCGAUUAAAUGCAUCUUACGCAUGAUGAAGUUUAACGAAGCAACCAGUUUGCAGAAGGGACUACACGACAGGAUCCAUUCGCUGAAAAGUGAUGAGGCAAUUCACCUGUACAGUGGAAAGAAGGAAAAGAAAAAGACCUUCUUCGUAUAUCUGUCCACCCCAUUGUUAAUUAAAGAUGCGCAUUUCACCUACUACGAAAGUAUUAGCAACCUUUAUAAUGAAGUAAAAAAUAUUUUAUACAGUCUGAGUGAGAAGUUGUUUACCGUGUGCAACGUGAGUAGCUCGAAUGAUUUACUUAAGAUGACCGAUCUGGGCUAUAAAAAGAAUAAGAAAAAAAUAAUCGACUUGGUUGUGGAUAUAAAAUUCAACAGUGUCAACUACAAGAAUGCUCAAAACUUCUUUCGUAUAUAUGAAAGUGCUAAGGGGAUUAUUUGUAAUAAGAUUUGUACUGAGGGGAAGAAUUUUUUUUCAAAAGUAGAGAAUAAAAACUUUUGUCUUGACCUUGUAUCCAAGCUAGUCCUCUUCAGGUUGCACAUUUUCGUUAGCAAAGUGAUCGAGAGGAAUCUCAUUCAAGUGACCAACAUGGAUGAUGUACGAAUUGAGCAAGUAGAUCAUAUGAACAAGAUAAAGAAUUAUAUUUUCAAGCCAUUAGUUUCUUCUUUUGUUUAUUUUUACUCAACUAAAUUUGCAUCCUUUCACUUGUCUGUGAAGAUAUGUAAACUGUGGUUCAUGUGUAAGGGUAUUUGGUGUUGUGAUGAGUUGGUGGAAAAUAUUCUUUUUUACCUGUACACGCAAGAGUUUAGGAGGCAUGCUAGGAGGAAUGUUUUUUUUUUGGAGAAUGGUCUACCUGGAAGUAACACCCCACAUGCACAGUUCCUUCGCUGGAGUCGUUUGUAUAGAAGAAUUGCCCGUGCGGAGAAGGUGGAAGAGCGCCUCUACUACCGCUCCCUUUGUGAGAGGGAGAAGAUAUCCUUAGGGGGAAGCCCUACUGGUGUCACCAGCGCAAGUGAGAGUGGGGAGGACGACUCUCUUUUUGUUAGUGCUCCCAUGCAGAAGGGAUCUGUGGAGGUCAGGAAGGACAGCCCGAAAGCCACUGCCUACCAUGCGAAGGGGAAAAAGGGAAACAACAGCGUACAUCAGGGGGGGAAGUUGAAGAAGGAAGACGCCGCAUCGGGAGCAACCGCAACGACAGCAACGGCAACAGCAACGGCAACAGCAACGGAAAACACGUUGGGUGAGCCAAGUGAUGCCGCUCACAACGGAGACGAGUUCUUAGACUCCUUUUCCAUAUGCCCCGUAACAGCCCUCACGAAAUUUUUGUCCUUCCUGGUGAGCUACGAUUGGCACAACAAACCGCUCAUCAUGGACUACGACAAUUGCCUCAAGGAGGAACAUAAAAUUAAAUUAAUAAAUUCUUUUCAUGCGAGAAAAAAAAAUAAAGAAAUGAAAAAACCCUUUUGGAUAUGUUCCCUGUAUGACCCCCACUGUCUACUCAUUAAUCUGCCCCAGCACUUAUUUGAAUUAAUUCUUUCGGAAGCGAACAAGUCCCUCGAGACGAUAAAAAAAUUGCAUAUUCAUUUUGAGCGGGAGCAUUGGAUUUCCCUUUUUCUAAUGGACAGAAGGAACUGUGAUAUCAUUUUGAAUUUUCACCGACCGGAGAGGUCCCUGAGCUUGUUAAAGGAGAAAAUAAAAUUUGCCGAACAUGCGGGGGGCCUUGUUGAGGGGGAUACAUGCGUAGGGGGCGAAGUGCAACCCAGCUCGAACACACCCAGUAAGAACAAGAAGCAACAGAAGGAGACGCAACAGAAGGAGACGCAACAGAAGGAGGAUGACGACGCGGAAGAGGCAAAGGAAAAUGAAAACCUAGCCACCCUAACCAAUCACAAAAAAGGAACGAAUGAAAACAAUACACAAACACUGAACCAUAUGUACCGCAUGGACGAGGCCUACGACCUAAGCUACCUAGACGAUGUCACCAAAAUGAAGGCCACAAAAGUUUGUGAUAUGCUUCAGGGAUUGCAGAAGCACGAGUUGCUGCUUGUGUACAAGAGCUACUUCGAGCAUUUUAUAAAAAACGUGGAGAAGAAAUUCGAAUGCCAGAUAACGGUGCUCUACAACCCCCUGUGCUUUAACGAAAUUGUAGACAUUCACUGGUUCCGAAAAAAAAUAAAACGUAAACUUCGUAAGGCACCAGAACAAUAUGAAAAGGUAAGCAUGUCAUGGAGAACAAAUGUAUUCAUCACAUUUAACCCUGCCUUUAUCACAAACGUCGUGCAGAGUGAGGAGGGAGCGGAACUGAGCCAAGAUGUAGGGGAAGAAGCAGAUUCAGCAAAUUUUGCACACACUUCUAAGAGCCUCCCGAGCGCGGUGAACUCUUCUCUUGCGCUGAACAAUUUUAAUGCGUUAAUUCUGUACAUAAAGAGUAACGCAUGGGAUCUUCUGCGUGGGGUUCACUUCCCUACCAUGUGA